CAUAUCUACGUUCACUUCAGGGAAACCGAAGCCCAAAAGAAAGCCGAACUGGCCCGCAAAAAAGCCGAGCGCGACGCCCUGCUCGCCGAGGAAGAGAAGAACACUCCCGGUCGCUCCCAGCCAAAGAACGCCAAAACGGCCGUCAAGAAGUCCCGGGGCUUGGAUCUGUCGCAGCUUGAUGAGCCUAGCUCUGGCCUGUCGGCGCUCAACGCAUCGGGCAUCGACAAUGCGCUUGACGCGCUGAGCUUGGCUGGCCCAGCGACGCAGGAUAAGAUCGAUAGACAUCCCGAGAGGAGGUUCAAGGCGGCAUAUGCGGCUUUUGAGCAGAGGAGGCUGGCCGAGAUGGAGUCGGACGGGACGGGCCAGGGGUUGAGGUUGAACCAGAAGAAGGAGAAGAUCAAGAAGGAGUUUGAGAAGAGCCCGGAGAACCCGUUUAAUCAGGUUAGCGCUAGGUAUGAUGCUACCAAGGAGGAGCUGGCCGAGUUGAAGGCGGAGGAAAGGAGGAAGAUUGAGGCUAGAUUGGGGAAGUAG